AUGGCAGGCACAAUCGGUAGUAUUCCCACGUUGAAGCUCAAUGAUGGUGUCUCGAUUCCUGUCCUUGGAUAUGGCACUGGCACCGCAUGGUUUAAGAAGUCGGCAGAUAGUGGAAUCAACCGUGACUUGGUUGAGUCCAUCAAGACGGCAGCCAAACUAGGAUAUCAUAACCUCGACGGAGCUGAAGUUUAUCAAACCGAGGAGGAACUUGGAUUGGCCAUCAAAGAGAGUGGGAUUCCUCGAGAGAAACUCAUUGUGACGACCAAAGUCAUUACCAAUAUCGCCGAUAUUCCUCGGGCCAUCGACAUCAGUCUGCGAAAGCUCCAGCUUGAUUAUGUUGAUCUGUACUUAAUUCAUGCUCCAUUCUUCGCAAAUACCGAGGCCGAACUUCAGGCUGCCUGGGCUGCCAUGGAAAAAGUCAAAGAAUCUAAAAAGGCCCGCUCCAUUGGUGUAUCGAAUUUCCUACAAAGCCAUCUGGAAACCAUCCUCGAGACUGCCAAAAUUGUCCCAUCUGUGAACCAAAUUGAGUUCCAUCCCUACCUCCAGCAUGGCAACUUGAUCUCUUUCCACGAGAGCAAAGGCAUUAAGACUAUCAGUUAUUCUGGCCUGACGCCGACUACUCGUGCUAAAGGUGGGCCUCUGGACCCUUUGCUUACCUCCUUGGCCACCAAGUACGCCGUCAGUGAGGCGGAAAUCUUGCUUCGCUGGACUAUUGACCGUGGCUGUAUAGCCGUUACAACCAGUGGCAAAGAGUCACGCAUGAGCAGCUAUCUUCGGACGUUGACUUUCAAGCUAACGCCUCAGGAGCUCGAAGAAAUCUCAAAGGUUGGCGAACAGAAACAUUACCGAGCAUUCUGGCAGGAUAAAUAUGCGCAAGACGAUCGAUCAUAG